UAUUAGCAACUACUUUAUGUGUAAUUUACUACAGUUCAAAUAUCCCUUAAGAACGAAUGUUUUGGGUGCUCAAUAUUGUAAUCUUUCCUUCGUGAUCAUAGGAAUAUGGCUAAACAAAUCGUUGGCAAUCUCCGAAAAUCUUCUAGUCUAAUCGUUCUAGCCAGAGAUCAAAUCAAAGCAAGACAUCCAAUAGAUUUUAAGGCAUUAAUGUUCAAACGUCCACCUCAGGCCACGUUUAUGCCUAAUUGUGCUGUUUUUCCGGGUGGAGUAUUGGAUGCACAGGCAGAUGAAACACCAUUGUGGCGAAAACAUUUCGAAAAUAUGGGUGUAUCAAGAAAGCAAUUAUCUUUGUUAACCCAAGGAAAGGCGAAGAAAUCUAAUAUAUUCACCAAAGAAGAUCCAGAAUCUUUAGAAAGAGAAUUGUCUUUGCGUAUUGCUGCCAUAAGAGAAACUUUUGAGGAAUUGGGAGUUAUAUUUUGUCAAAAUCGCGAAACUUUAGCCAAAGGUGCUGGCGAAGGCUAUGGAAAUUUCAAAGAGGACUUUGACCGACAACACUGGCAGAUGCUGGUACAUAAUGAUGCCACUCAGUUUUUAAAGCUUUGUGAAACAUUGGAAAUCAUUCCAGACUUAUGGAACCUUUAUGAAUGGUCUAAUUGGUUAACACCAGCAACUCUCAAAAAACGUUUUGACACUGUGUUUUUUGUAAUAGCUAUACAAAAGAUGCCACAUUUGAUAAAAGAAAAACAUGAGGUCACUGACUUUUCGUGGAAUACACCGUCCGACUUUUUGCGACAACAUUUUGAAAAGGAAAUAUGGCUGCCACCACCACAGUUCUAUGAACUUUCCCGACUCUUGAACUUUUCCGAAUUGGAAAAAGUUAAAAAUUUCGCCCAAACACGAGCUAUGGAAGGCUUGGAUGCAAUUUUUCCCGUUGAACGCAAGUGUAAGGAUGGAAGGGUCAGUCUUUUUCAAGGAGAUGAUUUAUAUGAAAAUCCCGAUUUGCCGGAGUUGGUGUCGAUUUCCAAAACAGCAAAAGAGUACCGCGAAGGUAUACAAAAUUUACAUCGCAUAGAAUUCUAUGACUCAAAUAAGAUGGCUAUGCAAGUAAAUGUUGAUGUUCCCAAUGGUCACAUAUGUCCUGUAAAUACAAAUCCAGAAGAUAUGAACUAAAUAUUGUUGAUAUUAAAUGUUUGUUUAUAUCUGUUUUUGUUUGUCUUCCAACUUUGACGACUCAAAGCAUUUUGGCGAUUUCAUUUUUUAAUAAAUUUUAAAACAACAUUUUCGCAUACAA